AUGAAUCAGGCAACGGAGGAAGAUGAAAUGUCGGCUUCACAUAACCAGUCACCGCUGCAAUUACCACUGAAUCUACCUUGUUUCGAUCUACUUGUUGGAAGAAGAGACGAUUACAAUGAAAUAUGUGUUCUGUCGUAUAAAGCAACCAUAAUCGGUUCAUGGAAAGCUGCCAAAAUCAUCCUUGAAGUCAAGCUGGCCUUUUAUCAAUAUUCAUAUACUGCACGGUGGGGGAAGUUAAUGGGUUUUCCAAUUUGUUGUACAUUGAAGUCGAUUACUACAUAAUCAUGUGCAAACUUCAAAAAAAUUAUAUUACAAACACUUUUUAUUGGCCCGAUGAUGUAUGGCUGUACAAUGGGUUUAUUGAAGGUUAUAUAGAUAUGAAAGAGGAUGACUGUCUUCUGUAUGAGAACAAAUUAAUGAAUUAGAAUUGUGUUGUUUAUCUUUA